AUGCGUCCUCCGUCCUCCAAAGUAUUGGCGCUCAGUACCGCCAUCAUCGGCGCCGUUGCUGCCGAAGAUUGUGCCGAUAAUCUCCACUUGCUCGUGGCGCGCGCGACAAACGAGGACCCCGGUGAGGGACAAUCCGGUCAGGUGGCUACCAAGGUGAUUGACCGUCUCAAUGGAACCGACAGCGUCGGCCUCGAUUACCCGGCCACCUUUAUCGAUCCGGCCUACGCCAGGUCGGUGUUGGAGGGGACGACCCGGCUGAAGGAGGACAUUCUUGACUACCGCACGGCAUGCCCGGACACCAAGAUGGCCCUGUUGGGCUACUCGCAGGGUGCCCAGGUCAUCAUGGAUACCAUCUGCGGUUCCAGCAGCGUUGGCUUUGGCAACGAGACUGCUAUAUCCAGCGAUAUCAUUGACGAGUCUAUCGUUGCCAUUGUACUCUUUGGCGAUCCAUCCUUUGUAGCCAAUACGACCUACGACGCCGGCACGGCCAUCCGGGACGGCAUCUUUCCCCGCGACAACACCACCACCUGCGAGGGGCUGUCGGAUCGGCUCAUCUCGUUCUGCGACACGGGUGACGUAUACUGCGACGCCGGCAACAACCGUACGACCCACGGCUCCUAUAUCCAGGUCUACGGAGACGAGGCGGCCGAUUACAUCAUCGACCGCUACGAGAAGGCCACGGGAGACAGCAGCAACAGCACCGACAGCAGCAGCGCCGGAGACGGUGAUGGUGAUGGCAACAGCACCGACAGCGGCAACGCCGGCAACAGCGAUGGUGACAGCAACAACUCGGACGACGGAGGAAGCGGUGCCGCGUCCGGCAUGGCACCCACGCUCGGAGUCAUCGGGUUGGCAUCCCUGGUGGCAGCCAUUGGGCUCUUGUAG